AUGAAGUCCACCGAAAGCCUCAUAGAGGCCGUUAGGCCGCCCUUCUCAACCUUAGAGCACAUCAACACUCCCCUCGCCAGGGACGACGACGGCGGCAGCAGCACGCCGCUCUCGGCUCUGCAGCAGUUGGGCUCCCGCAUGCCGCCAACAGUGCCGGAGACCCCCGCCAAACAACGCCGAACUGUACACGGGGCGUUCAAUGAAUCACACUUCACGCAGAUCAGUACCAACCACCGCCCUCCGCGGAGCAGUCUCAAGGACAUCCGCAAGGCCCUCCCUUCCAGAAAGCGGCCAUCCGCUGAGCUUUCACAGUUCAGUGCGCUGCAGUUAGACGACACAGCAAACUCCACAGUUCUGGCCUUGCAGGACGGUGGCAGUGCAGAUGCUCCACGUCGCUGCAGCACUCUCUCCACAGCGCCGCCCCCCCUCUUUUCCGCGACCGUCCUGUUCCCGUCGCAGCCCUCCUCCCCGCAGGGGGAGUGGAUGCCGCGGCGCGGGUUGAGCGCGUCGCUCAUGCGCGCGUUGCCGGAGGUGCUGGACGACUCGCAGGCCGACACGGAGUGCUCCAACUUCUUCAGCCGCCGUAUCCUGACUGAUUACCGCGAAGUGAAAGAGCUCGGCUGCGGCUCCUUCGGCAAGGUCACGCUCUACGAGGAGACAAGUACUGGCGCGCUGGUUGCGGUGAAGGUGUCCCCGCCCCUCGCCAGCGCAGAGCAGCGACAGCGCUUUGUGCAGGAGCGUGCCGUGCUGACACUUGUCCGCGGGUUCCCACACGUCGUGCAGCUACUGGAUGCGUGGGAGGAGGGCCGCACACCGCAGAUUUAUCUGCAGCUGGAGUACUGCAAGGGAGGCUCCGUCGCUGACGCCGCCGAGACGCGGCGCCGCCGCGGCGAGCGGUGGGACGAGCGAGAGUUGUUAGUCUUCCUUGCCCACGUGGCGCUUGCGCUAGAUGCGCUGCACAGCGCGAACAUUGCUCACAUGGACUUCAAGCCGGAUAACGUGCUGAUCGACAAUAGCGGCGGCUACAAGCUCACCGACUUCGGCUGCAGCGUCACGCUUAACGAGGAGGGCCGUCCACGAAGACCCCUCGUAACGAGCGCACAGCGGAUGUGCAGCAUGACGGACACCGGCCUGCUGAGCGCGCCGACGCAACUCAGCAUCGUCAGUGUGGAGGAGGGCGACUGCCGCUACUUAUGCUCCGACAUGCUCAACCAGAAGCGGUAUCUCAAGGCGGGUGACAUGUUUUCUUUUGGCAUAUCACUCUUUGAGCUCAUGUCGGGCGAGGCGUUGCCGCACCACGGCGCGCCGUUCCUUGAGCUGCGCUGCAACCCGCCAGUGGCACUGCUCGAGCGCCGCGGUUACUCGUCGCGGCUCAUUGACCUCACAGUGGCGCUGAUGCACAAUGACCCAACAGCGCGGCCGACAGCGCGUGACGUGCUGCGCUUUGUCCAGCUGCCGCCGCAGGCCCCACUGGUGGUGACGAAGUGGGCUGCUCUAGAGUGCGGCUCCACGGAAAAUGGCAUCGAAAACGGCAGCAGCAACGAGAAGCCGGAGCUGCUGGAUGUGCGCUUCAUGCACGCCGCUCUUGAGGUGGCGUCUCGGCUUGUCGACAUCGUGCGCCGCUCACUCGGCACGGGGCUUGCGAGUAACGGCAACGGUCAUAGUAAUGAUAACAUCAGAAGCACCACCAACGGCGGUGGUGGUGGUGGUGGUGAGGCUGCGCGGCGGCUGCGUGUGGACGUUGACGUGUCGUGCACGCCGAAGACGCCGAGAAUGACCAGAUGA